AUGCCAUACCUAGAAGAAGAACUCAGUGCAGAUUUAAGAAAAAUUUUAUUGGUAAAGAAGCAGUUUGUUGAGUGGGAAGCAGAGAUGGAGUCAGAACUUGCUGUUUCUCAGAGGAUAUCAGAAAAAAUGAAACUUGAUAAGAAACAGCUUGCAGAAGAGAAAAAGAAGCAGGAUCUGUUUCUGCUAAAGUUAACAAAUGAAGUUGCCAAUUUAGAAACGCAGAUCACGACUCUAGAAGGGCAGUUGAAAGUUAAAGAAGAAGAACGCCUCAUCAUCAGCCAAACUCUGGCCGAUGCUAAUGUUGAUCUUGAAGCACUAAAUAAAGAGCAACAACGAUUACUGCAAGCAUGGAAUGGUGUGGUUAUUAGCAUGCAGCAAAGAGACAAAGCAUAUGCUGCUGUGAUGGAUGAGAAAAAAAAUCUUCAUGAGAAAUUUCUAACUCUGAAUCAAGAAAUUGAAAGCUAUAAAAAGUCAGCUAAUGAUGAGAUGCUGAAAAAUGAGAAACUCACAGGAAUGCUUCAGAAAUUACAGAUGGAUUUAGCAAAUGUAGAGAAGCAGAUCUCAGUGAACAAUGAUAAGAGGAUUCUUAUUGAGACACAAUUGUCAUCAAAUAUGGCAAUGCUUGAAGAAACAGAAAAAUCUCUUGAAACAGCUGUCAAUGAAGGAAAGAAGCACAGCAAUGAGAUAUCUGCCUUGCAUCGUGAACUUGAAAAGUUGUUAACAGAGAGAACUCAAUUAGAGGACAAAAUUUUAGAAGUAAUGCAAGAGCAAGUGACCCAGGACAAGUCAGCAAAGUAUUUGAAUGCAUCACUGCGGCAGCUGCAUGAAAAGACGAGGAGUCAGGAACUUGCUCUAAUGGAAACAGAAAAUCAACUGACACAAGCAGAACUGGAAGUAGAGCAGCAAAAUAGUGAACUUCUACAUGGUGUUCAGCUUCUUGAAGAGGCCAAUCGUGAGUUGCAACAAGAAGAGGAUGAGUGCCAGCAUGCAGCCAAUAGCCUCACACAGUUCAAAUCCAGUAUCAGCAAGCGACAGGCAACUGUUGAUCUUCUCAACAAGCAACUAGAGGAACUAGUUGCCAAGACUGGGGGUCAAGAGGUAACACCAUAUCAGUUAAAAAUGAUGUCACUUCAGACAGCUAUUGAUGAAACAGAACAGAAGUCUGAGCAUUUGCAGCAAGUGUGGAUAAGACAGCAGAACAGAGUUGUGAGUUUGUCAAAGAAAAGAAAUGAGCAGCAACAUCAGCUGAAUAUAUUACAAAAGCAGGUGUCAAUUUUAGAUCAGAAGAACAUGACCAUAGAAGAGGAAAUGGAUGAUUACAACAAAAAAGAAAGAGAUGUUUGUCAUUGUAUCAGAGACCUUCUAAAUAAGUUAGACAAGCUGAAUGAGAAAUUGUGCGAACAUAAAGAAUACAAAGAAGCUCUUGACAAGCACAAUAUUAUAACACAGACAGACUACCUCAACAGUCUCAAGGAUGCAGAAACAUACUCACUACAGCUGGAGGCAGAGAUUUCUGAUUUAGUGAAAGAAAAAGCAGAUCUCGCAGAAAUGUUGUUGGACAAUCAAAGGGAGAAUCUUGCAUGGGAGAAGAAGGUGCAGAUGGCCUUAGAGACAAAACACAACAUUCGAAUGGAGAAGGGAACAGAGGGGGAAAUUGGAGCAAUGAAGAAUGAGAUACACAGAAUGCAGGUACGGUACACACAGCUGUGUCAUGCCCAAGAGAAGCUUGUACAGGAUCUUGAACACUGUGUGACCCGAAGAGAAGCUAUAGUAAAUGGAGCAAUUGCAAAAGAGAAGAGAAGUACUAAGGCUAUACACAAUACAAAAGUCAGUUUUCAGAAGAAGCUGGAUGACUUGCGAAGUAAAAUAAAACAAAAAGAUUCAGAAACACGACAUGCUGAACGUACUGUCAUAGAAAGAAAGAAACGACAUGAGGAUGUUCUCCAAAGGCUGACAGAGAAGCAAGCACAAUUAAAGCAGUUGGAGGAGGUGACCCAGCAAAUUGACAAACAGCUGCAGGAUGGUCAACUACAAAAGCAUCAGAAUCUGGAAUUGUUGGUGCGACGGCAGAGGAAGGCCAAAAUGUUUGGUGAUGUCAAGGCUGGUAAACAUCGCCUACUAUAUCGCACAGAACAUGCUUUGGAUGCAGAGACACAAAGGCAAAAAUCUAUAAAUACAGAUCUCAUAUCUGUUGUUGAAUCACUGCUAUCAGACUUUCCUGCUCUUCAUUAUGAUCUCACCAAAGUACUUAAUACACUCAGGUUACAGUCCUAAA